AUGGCAGAUGUAGUGGGCGUAAGGACGUCCACCUUUUCUGGACGGUGCAGGAGCUCAUUGUUAAUGGUUUUAUUCGUCCUGUUAUAUUCGAACACGGUUCCUGUAGCAGAGCACGAGUCCCCUCUUCCUGUUCGCAGAGUGGCAUUGCAGAGGCGAUUAGCCAUGGCCAAAGGAAGUGAAAAUAAUCCCGUUAAAAUUGCAGUUCGCAGGGAUAAAAGUGAAAAUGAAGUUCUGGUGCAGUCUCAGGGAAAAUUCCCCAGAGGAUGCACCGAGGAAGAUUUGAAGAGGUAUUUAAAGAAAAGAAUCAAACUGAAUGUGAUGUACGUCUCCGGAAUGUUGAGACUAAAUCUGAAGGAUGCGUAUAUAGGGAGUUACCGUUAUUUUAAAUAUUUAAAAAGAGGUUACUAUAAAAUGAUGGAGUCCUUAAGGAAGUGGUGUUAUGAGUUCACCUUACAAUAUGGGAUACCGGAGGAUAUGGUGGACAAUAUUUGGGAGGAGUGCGAGGCAGGGUUAUUGGAAGAUCUGAGUGAGAUGGAAGAAUUUUGCAUCGAGAGCAUGUUCGAUUUUACAGGAAAUGGGAGGGUCGGAAAUAUUUGCAGGGGGGAAUAUGAUGAUUUCAUCAAGAACCUUAAGGAGAUAUGUAGGAGUUUCACCGAAUUUAGUGAUAUUAAGUGGGAAGCCUUGAUUGUACGUAAAGUGAGAAUUCUUAGGAAAGCGAUGAAGGAACAGAAGGAUAUCGAGGAGGACGAUGAGUAUGAGGACGCAGUGGAACAAUUGCAGGUAGAGGGAGUUAUGAACCCAGUACAGGAUAAAACGGAAAAAGAAGUGAAAGAGGAGGAGGAAGAAGUGAAAGAAGAAGAUGAAGAAGCUUUAAGGAAGAAGCAGGAAAUGAUUUCGCAGUAUAUAGAAGAAUUGAAGGAACUGUUCGGUGAGGAAGAAGAGCUAAUUGAUGGGAGAGGGGAACAGCUGAGAGCAGAUUUGGAACAAGUAGAAAUGGGGGAUAAGGCAAAUGGAGAAGGGGAAAAGUUAAGUGGGAAGCAGAAGAAGACAGAUGCAAAAGAGAAGAAAUCAACCUUAGGGGAACAGAUGGAAAAUAGGAAAAGCAAGGAACAGAAUAAUAAAGGGAAGGCAAGUGGGAAGGAAAAGAAAGCGGAUAGGGAAGGAACGCAGCAAACUGGAAAUGGGAGCAAAGGUAAGGAUGCCGGAGCAAGGAAAAAUAGGGAGACCGAUGUAAGGUGA